GGAGGGGGAGGAGGUGAGAGGAAGGAAGCGGGUGGAGAAAACCACUAUAUUCCCAAGAUGCAAGGAAAGUUGAAAAUUAGAAGAAAAAAUAUAUUAAAUCAGUGUAAACUAAGAGAGUCACAGUGUACACUUUGUGGGGAGCCUGAAGAUUUGGAUUCUCUAACAGGGCAUGCAUUUCAAGAAGAAGAGGGUGGCGAUCUGCUCAAGUCGGGCUUCAGUUUUCCAGGGACGCCAGAGGAGGAGCUAGACCAGCAGUACUCAUGGUCGCCUUCUCCGCACUUCAAUGAAGAAAGAUACUCUCCUGCUCCGAGGAAUAUGAAAGGAUUAUCUGGUAGUCGCAACCAACCACAGUUAUGUUCAGCUCAUACUUGUGGCUUAGCAUCCCCUGAAGAUUGUGAACACACCCACGACCAUAUCCACCAUGGGCAGGAGCCAAGGCAACCGUAUCUUCUCAGCCCCACGGAGAGUUGCCCGAUGGACCACCAUCGUUGCUCGCCGCGCAGCUCCAUCCAUUCUGAAUGCAUGAUGAUGCCCAUGGUAAUGGGCGAUCACAUGUCAAGUAGCACUUUCCCCAGAAUGCACUACAGCUCACAUUACGACUCAAGAGACGACUGCGCCAUGUCUCACGGUAACCCUAAGAUUAACCGUAUUCCUGCAAACCUUUUGGACCAAUUUGAGAAACAACUUCCUCUUCACCGGGAUGGGUUUCACACUUUACAGUACCAGAGGACCUCAACAGCUGCGGAACAACGCAGUGAGAGCCCAGGAAGAAUACGCCAUCUCGUUCAUUCAGUCCAGAAACUUUUUACUAAAUCUCAUUCUCUGGAAGGAUCAUCCAAGGGCAACGUUAAUGGAACAAAAGGAGACAGUCGAGGGGACGACCAUCAUCACGGGCACCAUUCCAAGCAUAGCAAAAGGAGUAAAAGUAAGGAGCGAAAACCAGAAACCAAGCAUAAAUCUGGAAUGAGCAGCUGGUGGAGCUCUGAUGACAAUUUGGACAGUGAUAGCACUUACCGAACCCCUAGUGUGGUAAAUAGGCACCAUACAGACCAUAUAUCCCAUUGCUACCCUGAGGCACUCCAGGGACAUUUUGGGGAUCUCUCAUUGAAGACUUCCAAAAGUAACAAUGACGUGAAAUGUUCGGCGUGUGAAGGGCUAGCAAUGACCCCUGAUGGUAAAUAUAUGAAAAGGAGUUCUUGGUCCACGCUUACAGUAAGUCAGGCUAAAGAAGCUUAUCGCAAAUCAUCGUUGAACUUAGAUAAGCCUCUGGUCCAUCAGGAAAUCAAACCUUCCUUGAGGCCGUGCCAUUACCUUCAGGUACCUCAGGAUGAAUGGGGAGGGUACCCAGCUGGUGGGAAAGACGAGGAGAUCCCCUGCAGAAGAAUGAGAAGUGGGAGCUACAUUAAGGCAAUGGGAGAUGAAGAAAGUGGUGACUCUGAUACUAGCCCCAAGACAUCACCAAAAUUAACAGUUCGACCAGAGUCGUUAUUAAAAUCCAUUGGACAAAGACCACUGGGAGAUCAUCAAAAUCAGAGCUACCUUCAAACUGCAAGUGACGUGCCUGGGGGUCACAACCUGGAUCCCUCUGCAAACUACAAUUCCCCAAAGUUUCGCUCAAGGAAUCAGAGCUAUAUGAGAGCAGUGAGCACGCUCAGUCAGGCCAGCUGUGUUAGUCAGAUGAGUGAAGCAGAGGUUAAUGGGCAAUUUGAAUCGGUGUGUGAAUCAGUGUUUAGUGAAGUUGAAGCUCAGGCAAUGGAUGCCCUUGACCUCCCUGGAUGUUUCCGAACAAGAAGCCACAGUUACUUGCGUGCCAUUCAGGCAGGCUAUUCCCAAGAUGAUGAAUGUAUACCUGCGAUGGCAUCUUCCAACAUCACCUCAACUAUCAGGUCAACCACAGCUGUAACUUACACAAGUUACAAAAAAACACCGCCACCGGUACCCCCUCGUACCACUUCCAAGCCACUGAUCUCAGUCACGGCACAGAGCAGCACAGAAUCCACCCAAGACGCAUAUCACGACAGCCGGACUCAGAGGAUUUCCCCGUGGCCGCAGGACGGGCGAGGGAUGUACAACUCCACCGACAGUUUGGACAGUAACAAGGCCAUGAAUCUCGCCUUGGAAACUGCAGCUGCGCAGCGCCACGCGUCCGACAGCCAGAGCACCUCGAUACGAACCAGUGACAAGGCCAUUUUAGUCUCAAAAGCAGAGGAGUUUCUUAAGAGUCGGCGUUCCUCUAUAGGGAUCCAGGUGGAAACAGCAACUGAUUCAGAUACCGAAAGCAGAGGCCUACGGGAAUACCACUCUGUUGGAGUGCAAGUGGAAGAUGAAAAACGACACGGACGAUUCAAGCGCUCAAACAGUGUAACAGCAGCUGUCCAGGCUGACCUGGAACUGGAGGGCUUUCCAGGACACAUCACCAUGGAGGACAAGGGACUUCAGUUUGGCUCGUCGUUCCAGCAGCACUCAGAGCCCAGCACACCCACCCAAUACAGCGCAGUGAGAACUGUACGGACACAGGGACUGUUCAGUUACAGAGAAGAUUAUAGGACCCCAGUUGACACCACAAACCUUCCACCACCAGAACCCUGGCUAGAGCCAGCCAUUGAGACAGUAGAGACUGGUCGAAUGUCGCCUUGUCGACGGGAUGGAUCUUGGUUUAUGAAGUUGCUACACACUGAAACUAAGAGAAUGGAAGGAUGGUGUAAAGAAAUGGAAAGAGAAGCAGAAGAAAACGAUCUUUCUGAAGAAAUCCUAGGUAAGAUCCGAAGUGCUGUUGGAAGUGCUCAGCUCCUCAUGUCUCAGAAAUUCCAGCAAUUUUAUUGGCUUUGUCAGCAGAAUCUGGACCCGAGUGCCAUGCCGAGACCAACUUCCCAGGACCUAGCAGGUUUCUGGGACUUAUUGCAGCUCUCCAUUGAAGACGUCAGCAUGAAGUUUGAUGAACUGCACCAGUUGAAACUCAAUGAAUGGAAAAUAAUAGAAUCACCUGAAAGGAAGCCAACUGGUUGGUGGAUGGAAGAAAGGAAGGUUCCUCCUCCUGUACCAAAGAAGCCCCCAAAAGGAAAAUUCCCUAUCACGAGAGAAAAAUCUCUGGACCUACCCGACAGACAGCGACAAGAAGCCAGAAGACGGCUCAUGGCUGCCAAGAGAGCAGCCUCUUUCCGGCAGAAUUCAGCCACAGAGCGCGCAGACAGCAUCGAGAUCUAUAUCCCAGAGGCUCAAACCCGGCUUUAAAGACAGAAUGCUGCAGAGUUCCUUUUUUAAACAAAAUGCUUGUACAGUUUGUCACUUACCUGGUAAUUUUUGUCUCAUUCUCUCCACUAAAUAUGCCCUUGCUGUUGUGUUCUUUGUGCCAUAAGCACAGUGGAAUGCUUUUGAUUUCCUCAGAAUUUGCUGAGCUCACCGCAAGAACGACUUCUUUUUGUAUUUAUUGUCUGACUUACAAUCAGCUACAAUGGAUAGGGCUUGUCAAGACCUGACUUAUCCAAUAUAUUCUCAGAGGACAACAAGAAACACCUCUUGAGAUGGAACCCAGCUUACUUUUUUUGUUAUUUAUAUUUUUAUAAAAUGUGUGAUAAUUAGGGAUAAGAAUAACAAACUAUAAAUGGGUGCAUCUCACCAUUCACUAGAGGCAUUAGCUAAUCCAAGUAGAAGGUGCUACAAAUGUAAAGAGCAGGAAAGAAAGAACCCAUUUAUCUCUCUGACCUCCAGUUUCUUUUCCUAGAACCCAGCUAACAUACUUACCCAUGUGCUCUGCCACUCUUCUCAUCUUUGUUUCUGCAAAAUAACAUUAGGCCUCUCAUGUCAUGUCAAGUUUCUGGAGAUGAACAGGGAUAUCCAGCCACUAAAACUCCAAAGUUCAUCAGAAACCAAGAAGCAUGCAAGUCUGGUGGUGGUGGGAGUGAAUGUCCACUGAGAAACGUUUGCUGUUAAGCAGUAUAACAACACCUAAGCAAAAUUAUAAUGCAAGAGGACUUGAGUGAUGGGUGAAAGGAAAACGGAAGCCUUAAAAAGUUAGAUCUUCUGUAGCAAGAUGUGUAAAGAAAAAGUUAUACUCGCUCCUUUGGAACACUCAUUGCUUUUUUAACGGUUCUUUUACGUGUUAACAUUUAUUUUAUAAACCUUCUCUCUUUCAUUUCAAGAGCUGCGCUACAUGUAAUAUUUCAAACUCUCAAAAUGUUAUAUCAAUUGAGUUUCCAGGGUAUCCUUGAGAAAAAAAAAAAAAAAAAUCUUGCUUGUUUAAAAUGCCAGUUGUGAUGUUGUAAACAGUUUAAGAAAUAUGAAUGUGAGUGGUAAGUAUAUCUAAGUUUAAAUGGUUAUGUUAAGGUAAAGGUGAACUGUGGUUUACAGUUGUAUUUUUUUUUAGAACUAUUUUUCUAUGCAGUAUCAUUUAUGGCAAGAAUAAGCUUCUUGCUCGCUUCAGAUGUAAAAAAAACCCCACAACUCAAGAGAUAAGUGAUUUCCAGCCAUGGAAUAUAACGAAAAUAAUAUAUUUUCAAGCCUCACAUUGUCAGAAGAGAGAAGUGGUAACUACCACCGUCAAGAGGCUUUAAUUUAAAACAAAUUAAGACAGAAUUAUUCCACUUCACCUACCUUCCAGAGCCAACCAAGCAACCCAGCACUUAGAAGUCUUCAGGUGAAGACGCAAUAAGAUGAGUAACCCGCAGCCCCCAAUUCCGAGGUUUGAGUCCUACUGAACACUACUUUAGGUCAAAACAGCCUGAACCCAGUGAGACAGAGACAGCCCCAACCACCGCGUCCCCUCUUGACCUGCUUUAACAAAUGCAAUGUAUUUAGCCAUAGGCAGAACAGCUAUUUAAUUAUACUCGAGCACUUUGGUUCUUCACCUGAUGAGCACUUUAAGUCCGAAUCCCACGCACCCUGCAGGCUGACAGAUGACUGAAAACAUGAAAUAUUGUAGGUUAUGCAGAUCUGACAUUGCUUCGACUCUGUUUUCUUUUCUUUUCUUCUUUUGUUUUUCUUUUUCCUUCUCUUUUUCCUACAGCGUGUAGUAUUAAGCAUGAGUUCAGUCUUGGGAGCACAGCUAUUAAAGCGUGUGUAGCUUCAAGAUAUGAAUCUUUAGAGGUGAAGUUUUGAGAAGUUUCUGUGAGGAGAAAACCCUGUAAAUUGAGCCUGAUAUCUGGUAUAUACUUUACCAAAUAGCCUUAAACUAUAUUUGGAAGCAAAAACCAAGAAGAAUGUAUAUCCUUCAAAAAUGAAAAAAAAAAAAAAAAAAAAAAAAAAAAAAAAAAAAAAAAAAAAAAAAAAAAAAAAAAAAAAAAAAAAAGAAUAAAUCCCUGAAAUAUUCUUCUAUAGAUGAAAACAUUAUAUUUCCCAUCCCUCAUGUUUUCAAGGCAUUUUCUAUUAAGGAAAGAGCUGAAUCCUGGGUAGUGUACGAUAUCGAUGCUACUUCCUGUAUUUGUUGUACUAUUUUAAAUACAAAUACACUUGCAGACAUUGGCCUCUUUAGUCUUGAAAACUGCUAUCUUAUUUAAAGUGGAGCUGCUAAUUAAAAAUAACCACAAAGAACUAAAGCCAGUGUCUUUCCUGGAUUUAAGAAAUUUAAAGUAAAUGCACACACCCCUAUACAUAUAUCUAUAGAUGGCAGCUGAUACUUUAUAUCUGAUUUUCCUGUACACUUCAAGGAGAAAUCACACUUGACUUACUCGCUUGAAAGCCCCCACCUGCAGGAGCAGAUCAUGCGAUUAAGACAAGUUUUAAUUAAUCUUGACAGUAAUCAGACUUUAUAAAGAUAAAUUGUAAAAACAAUAGAUUACAGAUAAGCUUAGAUCCCAGCUGACUUGUAACGCUGAUUUGGAGCAGUCCGUGUAAGUCUUUAAUUUUAGAAUCAUAUUUUGAUAGGUUUUGAUACGUUAAAAUUUUAUUGGAUGUUCUCAGGCCAAAAAAAAGGCCUGUGUGAAUGACGCCAACCCUGUAUUUUACAUUUCCCAGGCCAUUAUGAUAAAAUGUUCAAUACAAGCUUGGGAUAGUUAUGAUUUCUGUUUGUUCCACCUUUGUUCAAAAAAAAAAAAAAAACAAAAAAAGGAAUCAAAAGUAAACUAGAUGCCUACUGAAAAAUCUGAUAAUAUGUUAUCUGUGCAUGUUACAUUUCAAAGUGCAAUAUAUAUAAAUUUUUGUACAGGUAACAUUCUAUCAUUUAAAGGCAAACAAGCCAUUUCUAUUUACAUAUUGUACAUCUGGUUAGUUUAGAAAAAUAACAUUAUGCUUAUCAUACUUGUGUUGCAAAUAAAUCAAAGUCAAAUUGCUUUAGUCCCUGACAUGAGAAACACAGCAUGUGGUAUUUUAAUAAACAUGUACACAGAUCAAUUGUAAUCUGACCCCCCAUCAUAAAAACAAAAUUCAGUUACAAAACCAACGUAGGAGGAACAUAAAUAAACAUAAAGAUAGGAAGUGGAAUGCUUUCUACUUAGAGACAUCAUGGUGUAGACCCACAAAGUACAGCUAGAUAGCAAAAUAGUCUAGUGUUCAGUUGAAUACUAAUUGGACUAAUACUUAUUUUAGCGGAUGAAAAUUAUAGAAAAUCUCCAUUCAUUUCUUCGCUGCCUGUAAAACACAAGUAUAAUAAACAGAAUUCUGAAAAUAUAAAUGAAGAAAAAGAUCUGACUGGUAAAAUUGUUGAUAUUCACCAUACUUAUUUUUGCUUUGUAUAUUUUUUUUAGAUUUUAAAUUCUCUGUAAAUUGGUGAAGUACAUUAUGAAGUGUUUUAUUAUUUUAUGCUGACCUGAUUAGAAUGGCCUUUGGCAGCGUGCAAAGAUUAAUAAUGUUGUACGGUUUAAUACCAAAAAAUGACAUUUUAAUUCUUGCUUAAACCUUGUCACAAUGUUGAAUUUGAGAUCAAUCAGGGAGGAAUUAAAGCGUGCAUAGGAAGGUGUGUGGAUUUCAUAUAUAUAUAUAUAUAUUAAAAAAAUACAUUUCAUAUAAUAGAAAUUAUUUGUUUUAAAAUAAGCCCAUGUCCUGCUGUAUCAGUAAACUAGUAUUCUAGUUUCAUCUUCUUCAGCUCUGCAUCUAGUUUCAAGUGAGGGAAUGUUUGGUCAUUGGGUGUUUUUGCAAGGAAAAGUAACUGCCACAUGCUGAUGUGCCACACGUGACCUCGCGUCUCCUUGUGCCCUGCUGGAGCGGUGCCCUCGAGAGGCUCCUGGCCCCGUGGCACCCUCGGCCAGGUCCUCACCACACAGGUCCACCCUGGCUCCCCUGCGCCCAGAGCGACAAGCCUCCAGGUCAGCCCAUCUCAGCCUUGAGCCUGCCCUGCAUGGUGGGUCAGUGGGUUUGAUGUCCUCCUCGGCGCUGGUGGCAGGUUGACCCAUCAGGUGUUGGUUUGCAGGUGUUAAUUGGAGAUCUGAAGUUGGUCUGGCAGCUCCAGGUGUGGAGCUGUGCCUGCUGAAAAGCUGUGAAAUCCUGCGUGGCAGGAGCCUCAGUGUUGGACAGAGAGCUUACAUGGACCAUGAAGCAUCGUUACUGCCGUUACUGUUCCCUGGGUAUCUUAUGGUGUAGUGGCACCACUGGCAAACUGUGUUGGAGGUGAGGAAUAUCAGCACACCCCUUGAUGGCUAGAGAGGUGCUCCCUGGUGUGGGACAGGUUGACACUUAGGUUUCUAUAGUGCCUUUCAUCCAGAAGGAUCUCCAAGCACUUUACCAGCCGACGCACCGACUCCAGGCUGGGCUGCAGCUGGGGCAGGUCACCCUGCCCACAGCCUGGUGAGCCAGCACGGCAGGAUGCCGGGGGCUCUCCUGCCCGUCCCCACGCUGCCCAAGGAGUUUCCUUCCACACCACCCUCCCAGCAGCCAGGAAGACCCUUGUGGUCCAAGCCUGUGCUGAAGGAGAAGCGAAGACUCGCAGAACCAAGGGAAGAGCCCAGCAAAGCAGAGGUGAGGGCAAUGCUCACACCGCCCCUUCCAGGGUGUAGACAGGGACAAAGCAGCAAAUUAAGCUUCCAAAACAAUCUCUGCUUAAACAGCAGUUCACAACGAUGGCAGCGAGGGUCCCCGCCGUGGAGGGCAGGAGAGCCCUGGCCAGCGGCAGGCGUGGGAGCUGAUGGCACCCGCGGCCGAGCCCUCUUGGCCAGGGAUCUCAGCAAGUGUCUCCUUCUCAACUGCAUCCUCCCGCCGCCUUCUUCAUGGGAGAGACCCACGAGGGGCACGAGCUGCACCAGCUGCCUUCCCCUGCGGCACAACUGCCCAGCGCCCUCUUCUCCCCCCAGCCUGCCCUCCAGCCAUGCCACCGCCGGGGACAGGGUGGGCCAUGGCACUAAGGCAUCAGGAUUCAGCUGGGGUUUGGGCAGCUGCUCCUCACUGGGGCUCAGCUCUAACCACGAGGGUUCUGUCUAGGGCAGAGCAAUGGGGAUGCCUCCCUCUGCACGGGCAGGAUCGGCAGGCAGCCAGUUCACACUGCAGGUAACAGAAAGAGGCUCUAUGCAUCCAAAUGUAUACAUCAAACAAUUUUUUGAUGCCAUGGUCCGUGGCAGUUGGUCCCAGGAACCACAGUCAAUGCUCGGUUCCCGCAGAGCGUGGCAGUUCCUCGCAGCGCUGGUCACUGCCUGGUGCAGCCCCACAGCCCCUCUGCAGCCAGUCACCACCACCACCUCCAGGGACCAUCUUGUGGGAACAGCCGUUUUAUGGCCUGCUCAUAUGCAUACACAGACUCCUGGCAGGAAUUAAAGCCCUCUCUAUACACAGAAACCGCUUAGUUUAUCUCUGAAAUGCAGCUACCUCUAUGGUGUAGCACUGCAGCUGUUUAACUACAUAAUAGGCUGUUCAGGACAGCAACUAUAAAACCAAAAUUGAAAUGGAAACUUACCCAAAAGAGAAUUUGGCCAGCAUAUUGAGGCUGAUUCAGCUCCUCUUAGCAAAAUAAAAUUCUAAUAGCUGCACGAGGCCAUGGCAUUCAUUAUAUCUAAAAACCAUAUUCCAGAUCCCUUCUCCUGAAAUGCCUCUCGCAUUUCACAAGUGAAGAAGAUCACAGAAGAAUGUGAUCAUGUUCACGGUCCCACCUUCCCACACAUGCCUGUUUCUCCCAUUACCCUUCCCUGCUGAAACGGAACUGGGCUUUUGAAGUCAGAUCAUAGAUAAUGUAAAUUAGUAUGUCUACACGCUUGCUCUUUAACUGAGCAAACACAGAACAGUUUUCAUCAGCUGGCAAUUUAAUUCUCUAUUUUAUUAAGGCCAAAUUGUUAUUUUUCUAAAUUGGUUUUGUUGGGCAGGAUUUUUUACUUCUCUAGUACAAACCCAUGAAUAUUUUCACCUAAGCUUAAACAAGGGGGAGGCUUAUUUGAAGAUGUGGUCAUUAUUCACCAAAACAGCCUGUUAUUGAGGAUUAUUCUUCUCCUUCCCUUUUUUUUUCUCUUUCAUUCAGCACAGCGUUUCCCAUUCCUAAAGCUAAACCCUCAUGCAAGUUUCUUAUUUGUGAGACGAAUUAUUGCAAAGCUUCGGGCUAAGUUCUGCUCUCGGUUGUACUGGAAUCAAUGCAAAGAAACGGGUAUCAGAAAGAAAUGUCAGAUUCAGAUCAGCAUAAUUCAGAUCAGCAUCUGACUCAGCAAGUCCUGCUGAGGUAGGGAGGAGUUAGCAAGAACGCAAUUACUUUGUAGGAUCUAGUUCUUCCUUCCAGGGUAGUCCCAGUCAAGCGGAGGGCUUGGUAUUGGGUUCAAGUCUCUGACAAAGAAAUAUUAGCUUUGUUUAUAAUUACCUGUGGAAUCCACAUGCUUGUAUCCAUGCUUUGAUUUACCCUUUGGAGGUUUAAUACUAUGGCCAUCUCAUUUUAAAAGGGCUCGGCACGUAUGUAUUCCUUAGUUCAAUUUAUAUAUUAAUUUCCUGAAUUAAGAAAAGUUCCCUUUCAAGUAGCCUGACUUAUACUGCUCUAGAACUGUUCUUUCCUGAAGAAAAGCCACUAUGACUGUGCAGGAUUUUCUGUGCAGAGAUGAAACUCAUACUUUCAUUUACCAUGUGACAUGCCAAAAUAAUCAAGUGUGGCCUAAGGACUAAAUUAAAUGCCUCCUAUAGAAUUUCAAGGAAUGUUAGAACCAGGAAACUAGCUGUUUAGUUAUCAUUAAAAGUAUAUAUAAAUAUAUAUAAAUAUAUAUAUACAUAAGAAAUCAUAUCAACAAUGAGGAUGAACUGAGUGCCAAAUAUUCACCAUCUGUACAAAGCUACACUUCACUAGAAUUAAACUAUUUUAUGUAAUUCUCUUUCUCAUGCUUUUAUGGUUCUUUUGAUAAAUUCUAUUUAGUAGCAUGCAGGAUACCUAAAUUGAAUGUACAGUAUGUUGUUUCAUUGCUACAAUAAUUUCUUGCUUCUCAGUAAUAUCUUCUUUACCAGAAUGUUAUUUGUUACUUUGAAGACAUAUUUGAGAAUUGUUUUAUUAUUGAGUUAUUCUUUUUUCAUGACUCUCUACUCACCUCCAGUUGAUUGUAAGAAAAUGUGCUUCACUAUUUUGCCCCAUGGCUCUUUUAUGAAGCUGCCUCUUUCAAUUGGUUUAUGUAUUGUUUAUGUUCAUCUCCUGUAAAUAAUUCUGCAAUUAAAUUUUUUGAGAAAACUAGA